AUGCCAAUCUCAUUGCAGGCAAAAGCAGAUCAUUCCGAGUCAGAAGCAUCUGCCACUUCUGACGACGAGAAGUCGUUUGAUAAAGGACGAUGUAUGAGUGUGAUGAGAUAUGACUUUGAUGAUCUACUUACGAGUGACCGCUUUGAGCAUCCUGAUCUUGUGGGAAGAAUUGAACCUGAUGAAUUCAACAUGGAGUACUAUGAGCAGUCUCGGCUCGCCACACCUCUCAUUUUUACAUGUGAUCCUCAUGAACUUGGAAUGAAGAUUCCGAAAGCUGAUGAAUUCUCAGUGGAUGAUGUCCUACGGCUUGUUGGUGAUGACCGAAUGAUCGAAGUUGUGGAA